AUUGUAAACAAACAUGGCGACCUCCAGUCAAGAUCAUGCUUCUGCAAUCCAACGUUCACAAAUGGAACCUAAACCAGAGAAGAAAAAAGAUUCUGUUGCUGCCGGCGUGGUCUUUCUCACCUUGACCACAGUGGUGUCAGCUGGCCUCGGAUUUUCUGGAGCUCUGGCUUUGACUAAAAAACAAGAUCGUUCUUCUUAUGAAAAGGGCUCAUUAGAUCAUGCCAAGGGAAAUCCAGUGACUGGGUAUUCUGUUGCAGCCAGAGCCUUUCGCUGGGGUACACUGUUAGCCUUUUCUGGUGUCGGGCUUCUGUCUUUUACUGUGUGGAAAAUGUUGGGUGUUCACAAUAUGGAGGAAUUCACUGCUGCCGUCCAAUCAAAGAUGCCUAUCAUUCCGAAGAAGGACAAGAACGAACAAGGCCGUAGUGACUUUGAAACUCUUAAAGACCUCGCUAAUUACUUAGAAGAACAAGAUGAAAUCAAGAGAAGGAGAAAGGAAUUAAGUGAAAAAAAUAUCAAUUCACAGGAAGAAAAAUUUUCUGAUUUAAAAUCCUGAUGAGUAAUAUUUGUGUGCGAGUGAUAUUUGUAUGUUACUAUUGAUUAGAUGUAUGUUUAUGACAAGGGAGAGCAAAUGGAUUUUAUAAAUAUGAGUCGUUUAUGUACGAUUGAUAUGAGGUUCAUGAUAUUAUAUCAGAAUCAUAGUGCUGCAACGAUACGCAUCCCUCACGAUGUGAUACGUAUCGUGAUACUUGUCUCGGGAUACAAUACAUAUCAUGGUAUAUUUAUUUCGCAAAUAAUCAAUGAAAUAUAUAAACACCAUCUGUUUCUAUUACACAGAACUCAAAAUGUUUCCAAAUGUUUUAUUUAAAUGAAGCAAUUCUAUGCAGUCAAUCAACGAAAGCGUUUCCGCCGCCAUGCUAGUUUUGGGUGAUUCUAAUUACUUUGCAGAAAACUGGAAACGACCUGAUCCAGAAAACUGUGGCCAUACUGUGAUAUGAGAAAAUAAUACCAUGAACAGAACCGUGCCAUUUAUGCUGCGAUAUAUCGUCCCACGCUGCACCGUUGCAGCACUACUGAAUCAUUAUAUAUAUGUACUGUGUGUGACUUUAGUGAGACUUGGAUGAAUUUAUAAUUCGUAUGUGUGAAUACUGUUAUUUUUUACUUAGAGAUUUAUUAAAAUUUUCAAAAUUGUAAAUUAUUAGUGGUAGUUCCGCAGUAAAAAUCGUUCAUAAUAUUUCCACCUUAAGGAAUUUGUGACCGAUAUUUACUGGUUCUGAUAAUUGUGAUGACGUCCAUUUUGUUUGCAUUAUACAAUAAAAUUGAAUAUAAGAACUACAAAUGGUUUGACUGAUAAGAAGACCUUAUUAGCCAGAGAUCUUUUCAAACUGCCUUUUGACAGAUCUGUCUACAAUGACUUUAUAUCACAUUUUCUCUUUCUUUUUACACAUUGGGUUGUAGUUGUGCAACACUUUUCUUGGCAUACAUGAAGAAUAAUACCCUGAUUGUGUGGCUAUGUUUGAUUCUUAAGUUUGUCAUCACUUUGUCUCAUAAUCUGAAAAGACUUGACAGGUACACAGUAUUUCUCGAAUAAGUACACUUUUAUCCGUUUGUGUCGUAUAUAACUGGCCAGAAUAAUUCAAGGUCAAGGACACAAUUUUUACUGCCAGUAACUCCAAGUUGUAAAUAUUACCAGAACAUAAUGAUUUAACGUUAUCAAACCAUAUCCUCAACUCCUGGAGAGAAGUUAUUCUCAAAAAUCAUGUGUUCUUGAAAAAUAAGGCGUAACAUUUAUUUCACGCUUGUGACCAAAAUUUUGUGAAGGAAAAUGUCUAUUUAAAUUGGGCUAUCUUAAGGUUAUUUCAUUACAUCAGAUCUAGGCCUUGUUUUAGGGACAAGGGUACCCUUUGGGUUGUACACAACAGUGUAUAUCUAGAGCUACCUACUGACACUAGAAUCUCACUUUCACUAAAAUGAUGACCAUAUUACCUAUUCAUGCUUACGCUCAUGGAAGUGAAACUUGUGGAAUAUAACUUAUGUGACUGUCUCCCUAGGCUCUUCUGUUCCUCCCUCCCUUGCUCCUCAAUUCCUUUCUUGCCUCUCUUUCUGUCUGUCCCUCCCUUGCGUCCUCCA